UUGCGGCGACGGGGCCUCGGUGACGGCACAAUGCACUUGUUGCAGCGCCGCUGGGUUGGUUGCGGCCGCUGUCAAUCACAGGCGUGCCUGUUGUUUCCUGCAGCGACUCGAGCAACUUGAGGAGAUCCAGCAGCUGCUUCAAUGGAGGGGGUGUUACACAAAUGGACCAACUAUUUGAGUGGUUGGCAACCAAGGUACUUCGUGUUGGAUGGCAGCGUGUUCUCCUACUACGAUUCGCAGGAAGAUGUCGACAAAGGCAGUAAAGGAAGCAUCAAAAUGGCAGUGUGUGAAAUAAAAGUGCAUUUAGCAGAUAACACAAGGAUGGACCUGAUUAUCCCAGGAGAGCAAUACUUCUACCUCAAGGCUAUGAAUGCGGCAGAGAGACAGAAAUGGUUGGUGGCACUUGGAAGUGCCAAAGCCUGCCUGACAAGCAGCAAGACCAAGAAGGAGCGAGAAAUCAGUGAAAAUGAGGAUUCAUUGAAAUUCAAAAUGUCCGAGCUUCGUCUGUACUGUGACCUACUGAUGCAGCAGGUCCAUAAGAUCCAGGAAUCUGCACAACCGGUCGAGAUUGGAUCCACUCCAGAUGUUGAGAAAAUGAACGAGGCUUCUUCUUUGCUUAAAGCCACGUGCAAUACUUUUAUAACUACCCUAGAGGACUGUAUGAAAAUAGCAAGUGUGAGGAUAUCCCCAGAGCUGCUUUCACCCCCUGAAUCCCCUGCUGCUCAUGUCACCUCUACACCUCUUCGCAGGGUGAAGCGUUCAAUAAGCCACAGUAGUGUUGUUGCACUCGACAGGAGUGCAGAAGUGAACAACCUGGCUCAGCCUCAGAAAGGUUCCAUUACAGUAAUGAGAAAUCUGGAGGAAAUGGCUGCAUAUCGAGCCAGCAAGUGGACGAGACCCCCUGUGGAAAUCAAGACCCCAGAAAGUAGUAACACGGCACAGCCAGCAAAUUCGCCGCAUCCGCCCCAAAAUGCCGAGGAUAAAUCUACAAGUAGAGCCAAUGGUGAAUAAUGUCGCAGGAAACACUAACUCCUCCACCACUUUGUAACCUGUUGAGCAACACAGAAGGAACCAGUUGUGAUGUGGGUUUAACCUAAACAAGGAAAUGGAGAAAAAGUAAUAACUUGCUAAUAUUAAUGUUGAAGUUUCCAGAGACAUUUGUUCGAAGUGAUAAAGAGCAAACGUCUGACUUUCAUAUCUACUAGCUAGUUGCCAAAGUACCUUGCCAAAUAUGGGUUAAUAUUUUAACCCUUUUGUUGCCCAGGCAUUGUGCAGAUGUAUAUGUAUGAAACCUAAAUACUGGUUUAGUAGACAUUUUUUGGGACAGAAGAGGUUGCCUAUUCAAAGGUGGACACAAAAUGAAGAAACAAUGAAUUGCAGAUGCUGGUUUUCAAAAAAGACACAAGGUUCUGGAGAAACACAGCAGGUCAGGCAGCAUCUUUGGAGAACAUGGAUAGAUGAUAUUUUGCGUCUCGUAUCUGAGUCUGAAGAAUGGUCCUAUCCAUGUUCUUCACAGAUGCUGCCUGACCUGCUGAGUUACUCCAGCACUUUGUCUUUUUUUUUUAGGCACACAAUGAAGUGUGUGUUCAUCACUUUCCAUGCAUAUACUGUGAUUUGGCAUAUUUUACUUUAAUUCCAGGCUUUUUUGAAUUCUGGUGCUUUUUGUCUAAUGUGCAGGGUAAGCUACUGCACUUCAUCCCCACACCUCCAUUUUAUUCUAGUAAAUGUUUAAUAGUGGUACCCUUGAUUUAAAAAUCAAACAAUGGUAACUUAAAUGGCCAAAAAAAAGAG